AUGAACUCAACAAUCUUAUACAAAGGAAAUAAAAAACGAACAACAGCAACACAACAGAUCUUCUUGAUGAAUGGAACCUUGUAUUUGUAUGUUGAUACGGUGAUGAAAAUGAAAACAUCAAAAAAGAAGAAGAAGCGUGCCAUUAGUAAUACUGAUGAUAUGGAACCGAGUGUUGGCGAUCCAUCUGAAGACGAAGCAAAAGAAAUAAAUGCGUCUACCGGUGGUACAACGAAACGCUCCAUAGCCUGGCGAGGUGGAUCAAAGAAUGGAGGCAUCUAUGAAUAUUACAACAAGAUUAACGAGGCGAAAGAAUGUGUGAAUAGCAUUUUAAGCUAUGGUCGUGAUCACGGUACACUAUUAAGUGGAGUUCAAUUAAAGACAAUCAUGGAUAUUCAAAAUGUGGAAAUCACAAAAGAACGUGCAAAUGACCUCGUUCAACUCGUCAGUAGCUGCAUCGACAUCGUCCCAAAUCCACAUUUCGUGUCUCCGACAUCAAAACGAUCAGUGUACGAGUACUACGGACCAGGCCCACUGGUUGCAGUGGAACCCACCAGAUCAAUACCAAUUCCAAGUGAAAUUCUGGUACCAUACAAAAGGGAACCUGGCAAUAAGACUGAACCGAGAACAGCAGAUGAUGAUCGACAAACUACCGGCGAUACUCAAGAUCAUCAAACGACUCAGGAAGCGAUUGAUCUUUCCAACAACGAUGUGGAUAUACAAAACAAUCCGAUGAUUACCAGUACAGUGCUUCAUGAAGAAGUCGUGAUUAACGAAAACCUUUCUUUGUCACCAAUUUAUUCAAAUGAAGAUUCCAGAAGCUUUAUUCCUCAAAGUAAGAAUAAAAACAUCGAUCUUAUGGCGAAACAUGGAGAAACAUCAAACAUAAAUUCGAUUCUGGCGAUUUCGCCUCCAGAUACGGAAAAUCAUUCAAACGUACUCCACACAAACAGUCGAGCGUCAUCAUUAGAAACAGACUCGUCUUGUGUAGAAAUUUCUAAUGGCCUGAACAGUUUCGUUCAGAACUCAAAACAAACUACAGUCGAGUCCUUAUCGGCAUCCGCCUCGACUUUUGAAGAUUUAUCAGGUAACCAGACAUCAACAAACAAUACUUCUGGCUUAAAUUCGUGCCAACCGGUAAAUUCUACACAAAGUAGUGUUGAAAUCGCACCAUCUGAAGAACAACAAAGGAUAUCACGACGGUCAAUCGCCUUGCGCUCAAAAACAAAACUGAAACAAAAACAGCAGGCUGCUAUGGUUCCAGCCACACUUGACGAAAAUAAUGAGAAUGCUUAUGCAACUUCCAGUGGUACUUCUACAAGUAAGAGAAAAUUACGUGUUGUCAAAGAAUCUACAGUGGCUUCUUCAACAUUAUCAAAAGCAUCAAAGAAAAAGCCAAAGCACAAAAAAUCAUGA